AUGAGAUCCUCAGUAAGUUAUAUGUUAUCGCAAGGGCCUGGAGAUCCGAUUAUGGCGCACCCAGAUUAUGAGCAGCAUCAUUAUCACCAUGGAUGUUUGUUAAUACUGGUGCGAGGAAUCGGAUCCUCGAAACCACGGUCUUUGCAGCGCGUUUUCGAACGCGUACAGCGGGUCAACAAUGUAAAAAUUCCUGCUGAUUCGACGGGCACUACCAGAGAUAUCUGGGUACGGUACAUACGUGAUCAUCCAGUGGAAAACAAUGAUUGGGGAGAUUUUCAAACCCAUCGUCGGCUGCUGGGGUUGAUUACGGUAGGGAAAUUCGAUGCUCAAAGUGAGCUGAAUGAGUUAUGUCGCGUGCACGAGUCGCUGAAGGUAAAGUACACGCAUACCCUGUUUGAUUCUCGAUGUUUGCUGUUUGGACCGAGCACGGACGAGCUACAGAAGCAUAAUGGAAGCACAGAGGGUCCAGAUGAAAAAGCUGGAGCGUCUAUCGAAAAAUGCUUUCAAACGCCAAGCAAUUUCAAAAGUCGAGCCUUUUUUUAUCCCGAAAAUGAUCAGUGCAGCAAUUUGGAAACAAAGAUUUCGGAGUUUAUUACUUCCAUCUACUACAUACUGGAAUUGAAGCGCAUGGAGAAGACCCGUGAAAAGCUGGAGAAGGCACCGUUGCUUUUGGCUCCGUUCGAAAAGAAAGAUUUCGUUGGAUUAGACCUGGAGAGUAGAAACAACAAGAAACGUUGCAUCGGACGCAUGACAAAGCAUCUCGGGGAUCUGACACUGCAGGCGGGCUUGGUUGCCGAAUCUCUAAAUUUUUUUCAUGCCGCCAGCGAAACUUUACGUGCCAUAAGUGACUCGCUAUGGUUGGGGGCUGCCAAUGAAGGGCUUUGUGCGGCCUCGGCUAUAUUACUGUACCCGAACUUUCGCUAUACUAUGUCUAUACAAAGAAACUCUAGUCUGCAAGAGAAUUCUUCCUCCCCUCAAAAGUUCAAUCUUGCUCGCAACCAGUUAUACACCGGGAGCUACAAUGGCGAUGGCUCCACGAUGAAGCACAAAAAAUCAGAUAUGGUGAUCAAUCUCAGCUCAUCCGACACGGCAACGAUAUUGAAUGCCGAUAAAACUUCGGCGUCGUCGAACUCGUCAGCAUCGUCUAUUAGCUCGAGCUUGUCUUCCGCUUCCGCAGGUAGUGGAACUGCUAGUGGGAGCUCCUCUUCCGAUUCAGGAUCCUUAUUGAACAAGGCGAGUGGUUCCGCACCAAAAUUUCCCAGCAAUAUUCUACAGCCGGAGGAAAUUACGGUGCGCUACCGCGAUGCCAUCAUCAACUACAGCAAGUAUCGAAACGCAGGUAUCAUCGAAACUGAAGCGGCACUCAAGGCAGCCCGAAUAUGCAUUGAGCAAGGGAAAAAUUUGGACGUGGCCAUGUUUCUACAAAACGUGUUGUAUAUCAAUCUCAACAUGACUGAACAGCAACGAGUUCGCCGGUUUGAGGUACUGACGGAUUUGUACCAAAAGAUCGGCUAUAAUCGUAAGGCGGCAUUUUGUCAGCGAUUGGCAGCUUGGCGGCACGUUGCUCAGAGCAACAGCAACCCGGACUGGGGACAGAGCUAUCGGUUAAUGUUGGAAAGUUUUUCUGGCCAUAAGUUGUCACUGGAACCGAAUGAAGUGAUUGAAAAUAGCAUGGGAUGGCCGGUGUUACAGAUCGAUUUGUUACAGCAGCUUGUUGGCACCGCUCGGCGCUUAGGACAAUCGGCAUUAGCUACUCGACACAUGACUUUUCUGCUGCAAACUAUGUGGAAAAAUUUAUCUACUCAGGAACAGAAAGAAAUGGCACUUCAGCUGCAAAAUUUGAGCGCGCAAUGUGAAGGAGCUCCUGUCCCGCUGGUACUGGAAAACGGUAUUGUAAUUCCGCCCGCCAACUUGACCGACUUGCCUCGCUGUACCCAGUUGUUGGUGAAGGAUCUGGCGCCUCAUCUGAAACCGGUAAAGAUAGUCGUAAAUAAGGUCGACAGCGGACCUUUUCUGUUUACGCCGAUUCACUUCAGUUCACUGGAUCGUCGGGGAGUGGAGAAAGAUGAUAGCAAAAUUACGUUCAACUGGGUUCAGCAUGACGUGUGCGAGGUUAACUUGACUCUCGUGAAUCCGCUACCUUUCGAGAUGCAGGUGACAGACAUGCGGCUACUAACGACAGGAGUGGUAUUUGAAGCAUUUCCGCAAACUGUUAGCUUACAGCCUAACGCUCCAACGAACGUAUCGCUGCACGGAACUUCAAUCGAGUGUGGUGAACUUGAAAUUCAAGGCUUUAGCACUCACACCUUGGGAGUGAAGUCCAACUGCCGGUUGAAAUAUAUGCAGCAUCGAAAGGAACGCCACCUGCCGCCAUGCUACAAAGUUAAAAUCAUUCCGGCAUUGCCAAAGCUGGAGACAAAGACAAGCUUACCGCAAACCGCCACAUUUAGUGGUAUGCCCAAUGCAGACUUUGUCACCACAUCGGCUAGCAUAACGCUGUACAAUGGUGAAAGUGGCGAAUGUACAAUAACGCUAGCAAAUACGAGCAAUAUUGCGAUCGAAUACGUCGAUGCCACGUUCCACUCCACGCUGGAGACCUCCCUGCAAAAUCGUAUUUUUCAGUUGGAAACAGAUGAGCUGCAACGGAAGCUUCCAAUUCAACCGGGCCAGAGCAUUGAUUUCAAACUCGUCAUUUUUGGCGAGGCUGAUUUUCUAGGAGCUGUCACGGCCGGACCUGGUCAGACUGGAUUGCUUUCCGGUGGCAGUGGUAAUCCCAGUAUUCCGAGUCGGAUAAGUUCACCAACCAACACUCACAGGCGGAAUGAACUACUAACUUCUAGUUUUCGUUCGUCGCAUUCUGGACAUUCGUCGCUGGCCACGCUGAGUGUAGGUAUUUCGACAGGACACGUUCCACGCCAGUUGGACGCACAAUUGCGGUUCAAAUAUUCCGGUGGAGAAGGGCUGCAAGAAGGUUUCUGUCGCCAGAGUGCAAUUUCGUUCAAUGUCGAGCUGCUACCGAGUGCGCAAAUUACAAACUGGGACGUUUUGUCUGCAGAGUUACCAUCGCAAUUCUACCUUGUGCUGGACGUGGUGAAUUUAACAGCUCAAGAAAUGUCACUAAACUAUACCUCUAAUAAAACAAUACUCAUCGAGGCUAAGGAAAGUUGCCGUGUGCCCGUUCCGGUACAACGAUGUCCUCUAGAACGAAUAUUUGCAGCAGUUUCCGAUAGCACGGCUGAUCAUCACAUGCCCAGCAUCAUGAGUGGGGUUGGAGGUACCAGUACUAGUGAUAGUUCAGAUCUGACCGAGCGCGUUUGCUCUGAGCAUAUUUCGGAACAUGUUAAUCUUAAAUGGUCACUCCCCGCUAUUGAUUGCAACGGUUUGGCAUCUUUGCGUGGUAUCACUCUGUCUCCAGCAAUGCUCGACCUGGUUACAGUUCCUCCGCUAGAAUGGGAGAUCAAAGUUGACGAGCAGAUGGUGGCACCGCAAUCAGAAGUAACGUGCGUUACUGGGCAAUUUCUAAGUUUCAGUAUUAGCAUCUGCAAUCUGUCGGCGUCGGUGUUGCAUCAGGUACAACUGUCCGUGCAAUUCUAUCAGGAUUAUCAAAAUGGCGCUCAAAAUUAUCGCCUGGAAACGCGGGUCACCAUGUCGGGUCCUAAUCACAUACUUAUUCCAUCACUGAACAAAGACGAGAAGGCCUUCCACAAAUGCUCGGUUCUUUUCUUCACUCCGGGUCGGUUUAAAGCUGAUGUUCAAUGUCGUUCACUCAGUUCGACACUUCAACCGACCGCCCAACGAACGGAUGAGACGGGUGGAGUAACCUUGAUGAGUGGAUCAGGUCCGGAAAGUGCAUCACAUGUUUGGCGGUUUAUACCUCCGAUUGAAAUUACCGUCCUAGAUCAACAGUAGUGUUCGUUGUGUGUGAUUCAUGGAGCAAAAUCAAGAGAACAAUAAUGGAAAACACAGGAUAUGUUCGCGCGAACAACGAAUGUGUAUGAUUUUGGAAAUUACAUUUCCGGAGAAGCAUUCGAGCUAUAGUUGUAAUACAGGCUUACAAAAAAUUACAUUCUGUACCUUGGGCAGUAGAGCUUUGAACGAAGUUACUUCAGGGUGAAAUGCAGAAGCUAUAUAUGCGUUUAUUUCUCUUUGUAUCAGUAAUGUUGAAAGACACCGCUAAAAUGCUGUUACUCAUUAAGUGGGUUUGCACAGAAAUGUGCAUCGUUCAUAUUCGCGCAGAAUAUAAUUUAACUGGAAGCAAUAUUAAAGGAAGAUUAUCUCGAAAAUACAUCAUCGCUUCACAUUGUGCAAUGAUGACUAGCACGCUGUCGUACAGAAGGAGUAAAACUCAAGUAAAUUCGUCAUCUUGUAAAGUGUGACGAUAUUUGCUUAGUUCUCGGUUGGUCAAAACGAUUAACGAAUUACGAGAACCAGGGAAAAUCAUAGCGUAUAUACGAGGUGUUAUAAGAAUUAUUCGAAAAUAAUAUGAAGCGAACGGUGAGGGAAAAUACAUUGACAGUGACAAAUGAAGUACGCAUGUUGCAAGUGCGAUAUAAAUAUACUUGUUGAACGGAAAAGAGUGUUCUAUUACACAAUUAGUUGAUUUUCUUGAUUUGUUUUCUGUAAGGAAAAUGUAAAGAAUAUUUAUGAAAGAUUAAA